AUGCGAAUUUUCCUAUGCACUUCCUUCUUCCAGGCGGACGAUCGCCUCAAUGGCAAACGCAACAGUCUCACCUCCGCCGACCGGGACUCCGGCAAUGGAGACAGUCUCGAUGUGGCCGCCAGCCAGCCCUGCACCCUGCCCUAUGGUACCCGAUUCUUCACACUAAGUGGCGGUAGCACCGUCAUCGGUAUUCCAACUCACCAGUCCAUUGAGCGGACGGCGGUAAUUGACAAGUGCGGGUCACUGUAUGGCGGGUUAACUGCGGCGGCAGCGGCAGCAUCAGGAAUGACGUCACAGGCGGAGGGCAUCCCCGAGACCAGUAUGCCGUUUAGCGAUGCCUACACCUUUCCGGGCUCCCAGAAGGGGCUGUGCAGUUUAGUUUCGAGUGAACCGGGUGAU